GAAAAUGAAAGAGCAUUUAAAUUGGAUGAAAAAAAGAGGUUGUAAUGAUUUAAUGGAUGUGUGGCCUUGUGCACAAAGAAAAAGUUCAAUAGCCUCAAUGAUUUUAAUCAAUAAUUAAAUCAUCAUGCAUGAGUGCAUUUCAUUGAAUUUGAAUUAUAGUAAAUAGUAAUAAUUUGGGGGGGUGUUAGAGCAAUUUACGGAACUUCCUACUUCCAACUGCCCAUAAUUCCUUCGCCACUCCUCGACCUUGAUCACACUUGCACAUCCUCUUCCCGCAAUUCAACCGUUUCAAAAACACUUUUGUUGUUUUCUCAAAGCAUUUCCCAAAUGCAUUUUCCUGCAACAAAUUUAGGAUCUUCCAUGGAUUGCUUUGAUUCAUCAGAGGCAUCUCUCUCACCCUAUGCCCUCCUCUUCAAAGCGGCCUCCCUCAUUCCCAUUUCCCACUGCUUCUCAGCCCUCCUUUUUCUCUCUCUCCUCUUCCUCUACAAUUUCUUUGAAUUCCAUCUCUUCCAGGACCUCAUUCACGGGUUCCGAGGGAGCCCCGUGUCUCUGACUUUCAAUUCGCGCUCGGAGAUCUACGAUGGCGUCGCAUCGAAGUGCCGGAUUCUUCAUGGGAGGUAUUUGGCGACGCCUUGGCUUUCGAAUCCCCAUUUUCAGACUGCUUUUCUUAAUUUCUUUGGGAUGCCUCCUGCUGUGAGCUACCGAAGGCAACUAUUUCAUGCAUCUGAUGGUGGAACAAUUGCUUUGGAUUGGCUAAUGUCUUCUGAUGUUUUGGGAGCUGCUUUUCGCAUGAAUAAUGCUAGUUCUAAAGAUGAUACUACCCCUAUUGUAGUAGUCAUCCCUGGCUUAACAAGUGAUUCUGCUUCUGCCUACAUAAAGCAUCUUGCCUUCAAUACAGCAAAACAUGGAUGGAACAUUGUUAUUAGCAAUCAUCGAGGAUUGGGUGGCAUUGCAGUUACUUCUGAUUGCUUUUACAAUGCUGGAUGGACAGAAGAUGCACGAGAAGUCAUUCGAUAUCUCCAUAAUGAAUUCCCACAGGCUCCUUUAUUUGCUGUUGGAACUAGCAUUGGCGCUAACAUUUUGGUAAAAUAUCUUGGAGAGGAUGGGGACUGUACCCCUGUUGCUGGGGCUGCAGCUAUUAGCUCUCCAUGGGACCUUUUGAUUGGUGAUAGGUUCAUAAAACGCAGAUUUUUGCAAAAAUUAUAUGACAGAGCUCUUACAAUUGGCCUUCAAGGUUAUGCGCAAUUACAUCAGCCUCACUAUUCUCGACUUGCUGAUUGGGAAGGCAUUAAGAAGUCACGUUCCAUUCGUGAUUUUGACAACUAUGCCACCUGUCUUGUUGGAAAAUUUGAGACAGUGGAUACAUAUUACAGGCGUUGUAGCAGCACUAGUUUUGUUGGAAAUAUCUCAGUGCCUCUACUCUGUAUCAGUGCUUUGGAUGAUCCUGUCUGUACUAGGGAAGCCAUUCCUUGGGAUGAAUGCAGGGCAAAUAAAAAUAUUGUCCUGGCUACCCCAGAGCAUGGAGGACAUUUGGCAUUUUUUGAAGGAAUAACUGCAUCUGGUCUAUGGUGGGUAAGGGCUGUUAAUGAGUUCUUCAGUGUUCUGCACUCUAGCCCUUUAAUGCACACGCAAAAGAAGACACAGGAUUCCAGCCUGCCUUCUGCAUUGGAGUCAUCCAUAGACCAGGGCCCAUAUGUAAAUGUUGUAGGAGACGGAAUGGUUGCUGCAAUGGGGAAUGAGUCAACCAUCGAUGAUAUUGUAGAAGACCCAUCUGAAGGACAGAAAGUUCUUCGCAGGGAUGAAAUGGCUUCAGAUACAGAACAAGAUGAACAGACAGCAAAAGCAAAAUCCCAUCGUCCGCCCAAUGUUGCCCAAACUUCCAACCAAGCUAGAGGCAAGGAGUCUCUUGGGCUAACUUCCCAUUUUAGAAGAUGCCUAGAUCAACUCUCUGGACAGAAUAGAAGGUCAAUAUGGUUGCUUGCUUACAUUGCCAUUGUAACAAGUUGGCCAUUGGUGGGCUCCGCGCUUCGCUUCAUCUACAAGAAAAAGAAACUAAAAAGCGUCUUACCUGCUGCAGCACCUGGAAGAUGAAGGCUCUGCUGGCAAACAAUAGUCAUAUUAUGUUAUUGUGAUUUGUUAAAUGCUCGAAGUUACUAAGUUAAACCAAAAUUAACUCUACUAACUUUUACAUAAUUCAGAAGGGUUAAAUGUUCGAAGUUACUAAGUUAAACCAAAACUAAAUAUAAUUACGAUUAGUUAUUUUACAAUAAUAAAAAUUAUGAAUAAUUGUAUCUA